AUGAACGACCUCGGUGCAGCAAAACACGCGUCCAUAAAAAUCUGGGGAGCAUCCAACUACACUAAUCUGAUGAGCCUCAAAUACAUCCUCAACACGAACUUCCCCGUAACCUCAGGCGCACGGGCGGAGUACAUGCGGCGAUGUGAUCGACUUCUCGAGAAAGCCAAUCUGGAUGCUCGAUGGGAGACGGCAUCAAAACAGCUAGGUAAGACUAGUGGAGAGCUCUUCGGUGACAAAAAGCCGGACUGGGACGAUCCAUUACCUGAGUGCCUUUGGAAUGGAGGCACGGGACUAUGCACUGCGUACGCAAUAGCAGCGAACCAGUCAUCACAUAUCGGCGGCAGCUACAACGAAUACAAAGGGAAGCAUCGAAAUGCUACCAAGAUCAAUAUCGCAAACAAUUCCGCCGUAGUCAUCGAUUCUGGCCGAGGAGAAGCGUUUCAGCUAGAGGCUGAAGAGACAAGAGGGGAUUGGAACAAUGCCGCGGGCAAAGUCUCUUGGAAAGAGAUGAAUCCCAUCGAAGUCGCAUCACAUGAAGAGGCGAUGAGGCUUUGCCUCGAUCAACUGUAUCGUAAGGGACGGUAUAUCCUCAUUCUGCACCGAAAACCAAUCAUGGAAAGCCAAGGCCAGUUUGGUUCUGCAACUAUGUUCUCUUGA